AAUAUGUAAUCAAUUAUACAAAACUAACAGUUGUUUUACUAAUUAAUAAUAUAUUAUUGUUUAUCAUAUCAUCGGUGGUGUUGACCGACCAUCUGGUUAUUGUUGUGUCCAACUAUGAAGACGUGUCUUCAAUUAAAAGCAAAUCUUGAAAAUGUGACAAAUUUGACGGCCAGUGGCCAAGACUUUCGAUGGUAUAUAAAGUUUAAGUGCAACAAUUGCGGCGAAGAGUCGGAUAAAUGGGUUUAUUUGUCUCUCGAGGAGGAGUUCCCGAUUAAAGGCAGUCGAGGAUCGGCACAUUUGGUCACCAAAUGCAAGUUGUGUUCGCGCGAGUCGUCAAUCGAAAUUCUUCCGGACACGCAAUCCAUGUACACGAGUGACGAUUCAAAUCAAUUCAAAACUAUUAUCGGCUUUGACUGUCGCGGACUAUCCAUAAUUGACUUUUCGCCGCGCAUUGGUUUCGCUUGCGAAUCGGUGGACAGCGGCCGACAAUUCAAUGAUAUAAAUCUCGAAGAGAAAGAAUGGGUUGAUUACGAUGAGGACAGUCGACAAUCGGUUGGUAUCUAUGAAGUCGAGCAUAAGUUUAUUACUAUUAAGUGAUGAUAGGUUUUGGACCAAAAAAUAAUAAUAAUAUAUGAUAUGUUUGACACCAAAAAAAACACAAAUUU